AUGGGCGCUCUCAAAGCAUAUCUUGCCAUCCUCCCGCUCGUGAUCUUCGGGCUUUUUCUACUUUGGAUUGGCCACGGCGGCCUUGAAAAGGAGGGCGAGCCCUCCGUGGCACCGCAGACAGCGGCGCGUGGCGUGAUCUCUGCCGAAGCGCUGCGGAUCAUUGCUACGCACCACGGCAGCAUGGCCCCGAAGGCUUCUUCAGGUGGAGGCGCCAACAAGUCGGGGAAACAAGGUGGUGGCAAAGGAGAGCCUCCACAGCAGGUGUCCAGGGUGGAAUUCGGACUUCCCCAAGGUGUUGUCUCGGCUCUGCAAUCUAUUCAGAACAGGUCAACGCAGGACCUGUGGGGUCCUGCAGCAGUGCUGGAGUCGCAAGCCACAGCGGAACAGCGAUUCCAGCGCCGUUCCAACGCUGCCAAUCGUCUCUCCAAGCGCCUGUCCGGCAACAUGCGUGCGAAAGAGGAGCUGGCGACAGCGCUGCAGCAGUGGUUUAUGCUUGUGAGCCAACGCCUGGUCGGGCUUAUUACCCAAGUCAGGGCGUUGGGCAACAAGUUGGACGAGGACACCACUGUGGCGGCCGCCGAGAUGAGGGAUAUUUUGGCAGCACAGCCCUCGGAGCUCACUACGGCUCAGGUUGUCAAGGCGGAGGAGACCAUGGGCCCUAUUUGGUCCCCUUCGCAAGAACACGUGGUGAUGCAGUUGGCUGCAGGCCUCAAGGCUUUUGGAACAGUGCUGCCUGCACCCCUGCCUACAGAGCCUGGACCGCACGCCCUUUUCGCCAUGGAGCCUCCGCAGCUACCCUCCGGCCCUGUCCUGGCACAGGACGGCGCUUCCGAUGUCAGUUUUGGUCAAACUGGACUUCACGAACUGCCUGGGAUGACCCCGACCUCCACUCCUCUUGCAAACAGAGGUGCAGUGGUGGAUGUCGAGUUACCCCGGGCAGCCCCAGUCCUUGGGCAGCUCGACUCCUUGAGCUUCGGGUCUAUCGCUCCGACCGUGGUCUCUGGGCGAUGGCGGAAGCGCAGUGCAGGCCAUUCCGACCGGCCCUCGAAGAGCCCCAGGCGAGAUCAUGUGGAACCACCUUGGACAAGAGAAGCGACGGGCCGUACGCCCGACUCUGUGCAACGUGCUCCGCAAGUGGCUGUGGUCGACGACGGCCCCGAGCUCAUCCCGGACCCUACGUCCAACAGUACGAGUCCUUGGACGGUGGCGUGGCUUGCUAUGCUCCACUUCUGCACCGAGAACGGAGCGGACCUGAUCGGCGAACUGAGGCAAUGCUCACGUCAAGAUGCAGCCCUGCCACUCACUGUGGAUGCACAGGCCCAGGAGGUUGUGGCGCUUGCUGCCGAAGCUGUCUGGGAAGGCAUGUUGCGUGCGGUGGCCAAACCGGAGCUGGCCCAUCUCCAGUCCCUUCAUCGAGAUCUGCGAGAGGUCAUGCAGCAGCUUUGGUUGUGUUCCAAUGCCCUUCCGUCUGCCAGGCAGGGACUUCUUGUGGCUGCUCAUUUGACUGCGGGAAGGAUUGUGGACCCGUUCUCGUAUGCGCCCUCAACAGCACAGGAGUGGCUCUUCCCGGACCUACUUCUCGAGGCCGACGCCCCGAUCCGUGGCUUUAUUGCAAAAGAUGCGUCACAGGACACAAGAGUGCAAGUGCUGCUCCGGAUGCCAUCACCCUUCCUCCGAGUGACCGACUCUGCGGACCCCACGGAGCUAGAGUGA